CCAAAGUUACGAAAAACCCAAGGAGGGAAGCAAGAGAAAAAAGUUGUCCAUCCAUACAGCAGAAAGGCUGCACAGCUUGCAAGGGAAGCACACAAACAGGAAAAGAAGGAAAAGUUGAAGACUGACAAAGCUUUGCGUUUAAGUAUUAUUGGAGAGAAAUUGCAAUGGUUUCAAAGUCACCUUGACCCCGACAAAAUCGAGUACACAAAGAGGGAAGCUGGUGAACUAAUUGAAAAUUAUAUGUGUCGAUUCAAUGCCGAAUUGGAGCAGAUUGAAUUGCAAAACAGUAUUAAAGGUAGAAAAGGAAGACAGCAUGGUUCACGGGAAACUGUCAUCAAGCAGACCAUAGAACGUGAAAGACAACUCUAUGAGGGCUAUGGAAUAGAAAUCCCAGACAUUAUGAACAGAAAGCAUCUUAAAUUUUUCAGAGAAUGGGAUGGUGAUCUGAGGAAACUGCCAAAUAUCAAAAUGAAAAAGCUCUCAGCUAGCGAUGCUGCUUGCAGUCACCCUGAGGUGGCAGAUGUGGAAGCAAAAGAAGACUUGAAUAAAGGAGAAGAGCUCUAAUGAGCACCAGCUGAUUUGAGAGCUGAAACAGAGAAGGGAAUUGUAAGAAACCUAUUUUAAUUAUUACUGGAAACAAGAAUAAAAUUUAACUAUAUUUGUAAAGGC